AAGAUCGCGACGACUUCUUGUUUCCUUCGUCGAGUGGUUUUCGUCGGGAACAAGGUAUACAAAUGGCUAUAUAUACAGUGUGUUUUGUAGAGAGAGAGAAAUAGGGAGAGAAAUAGGAGAGAGAGAGAGAGAGAGGCGCGGCUCACGGUUACGCGUAUACGGCGUGAAUCUCUUUGCUGUGGUAUUUUCCGAUCAUAUCGCUCUAAUUAUUGAACUAUUCCUCGUUCGUCGUUUUUGGGGUUAGGGUUUCGGUUAAUUGUUCGGUUGGAGUACGCAAAACUCUUUGGCGGCUUACCUGGAACGCUGCAUAUGGAGUCUACUAUUGUGAUCAAGGUUAACCAUGGAGAAACACUGAGGCGCAUUAAUGGACGUGUUAAUGAAGAUGGACAGCUGGACCUUGACCUGGAUGGUUUGAGAGUGAAGGUCUGCGGGCUCUUCAAAUUUGCUGCUGAAGCUGAUUUUACUCUCACUUAUGUUGAUGAAGAUGGUGACAUAGUCACACUUGUCGAUGAUGAGGAUCUCCGUGAUGCCAUGAGCCAGUCCUUAAAUCCCUUGAGGAUUGCUGUGAAGUUGAACGAAAGAAGUGGAAGAUCUUAUACGAGAUCAAGUGGAAGUUCCACACCCAUGAGGUCCCCCAGCGUUCAGAAUCCAGUACCAAACCUGGAUAGAAGUGUUUCUGAAAUCUUGAAAUCUGUCCCAGAGCCAGUACGUGAAGCACUCUCAAAAAUCUCCCUUGAUUUGGCCUCUAAAGCUUCGUCCUCUGUUCCUGGACUAGCUGAGCUUGUUGAUUGUUUUUCUAAAAUGGGACAGUCCUACACAAAUCCUCUUUCUGAGAUCCAGGCUGGCACAGAAUCUAGCACAGAGAUUGAGGCUUCCAGAAGCGCCAUGUGUCCAUCAAUGAAUAAAGAGCCAGAGGCUUUAAAGGAUGGUCGGGGCAAUGAAGGGCCAAGUUACAUAAACAACCAGAAGUUGGUGCUUGAAGGCAUCAGAGCUGUGGAGGCCUCUGUUACCCCUGAUGCGUCUUGUGACAGAGAGGAUAAGGUUGAGAAGGUUGGAGGAUCUGAUUAUAUUCCGAAGGCUGGAGAUUUUGGAUGGUUCGAUAGCAAGUCAGUUGCAUCUAAUUUGCCUGCUAGUGGAAAAAAGGCCAUGAAAGCAAAGGAACCACGGAAGCCUGUUGGUGUUGGUGCUUCUGCAAACACUGCUGGUUCUUUGGGGCAGGCUACCAUGGAUUCCAGAAACAGCUUCCGCGUGUUCCCUAGUCUUAAUCUGAUGAAUGAAUGUCCAUUUACUGGGAUGCCUCUAGCUGAUGAUUCAGCUCUGCCUAUUAAGCGUAAUUGUUCUCGUUUCCCUCCAUUUUCAAGAAACUACAAUCACGGUGAAGGCCUUGGUGGUAUAUUCCACAGAGGUGUUCGUUGUGAUGGCUGUGGGGUUUAUCCGAUAACUGGACCUCGGUUCAAGUCAAAAGUAAAAGAGGAUUAUGACCUGUGCCUUAUCUGCUUCACUGAGAUGGGAGAUGAAUCUGAUUACAUCCGAAUGGACCGUCCAGUUCCCUAUCGACAUCCUUAUCACCACCAUAAAGGAUUGAGUGAUCCUAUGCAGAAUACCUGGAUGCGUCCUCCAACAGCACCUCAUGUCCUAAGAUGUGGUGGCAUGCAGCCACAUCGCCGAAAGUUGGACAGUCGCUUCAUUUUGGAUGUUAACAUCUUGGAUGGUACGGUUAUGGGCCCAUCAACCCCAUUUACUAAGAUUUGGCGGAUCAAGAACAACGGUUCUAUGGUGUGGCCCCAGGGAACUCAGCUUGUAUGGAUAGGCGGAGAUAAGUUAAGCGAAGCACUUUCUGUUGAGUUACAGAUCUCUUCCUAUGGUUUAGCCGUGGAUAAUGAGCUGGAUGUCGCUGUUGACUUUACUGCUCCUGAACUUCCGGGUCGGUACACUUCGUACUGGAGAAUGUCCUCACCUUACGGUCAGAAAUUUGGGCAACGUGUUUGGGUUCUCAUCCAGGUCGAUUCCUCUCUUAAGGACUCCAUGUGCGAUAGCCUCAGUGAUCUGAACUUGAAUUUGCCUCCUAACAGCAGUACACCAGAAACCGAAAUGGUAAAUUUGAAUGCUGAACCAAUGGUUGUCGAGGAUACUCUUCACGAGCCAAACAAUUCUAACUUGGCGCCAGCUUUACUGGAGCCAAUGGUUGAGGCACAACCAAAUGAUCAGGAGCAGAAUUUUCCCAUUAAUGAUACCUUACUAGUUGGUGGUGGUUUCUCGGCGCCCCUCCCUCCAGAGGUUCCUACAUUGGUUUCAUACCCCGUGGUUGAUUCUUCAGAGGUAGCACCAGUUGUGCCUUCCUAUUUGCCAUCUACUUCCUCUGGCUUACCAUCAUCAUCUCAAGGAGCUAGUGAAAUCACUGGUGUUGAGCAGACCCUCCUUAGGGAACUCGAGGAGAUGGGUUUUAAGCAGGUUGAUUUGAACAAGGAAAUCUUGAGGAUGAAUGAGUAUAACUUGGAGCAAUCGGUCGAUGAACUCUGUGGUGUUGCUGAGUGGGAUCCGAUCCUUGAGGAGCUUCGGGAGAUGGGCUUCUCUGAUAAUGUGACGAACAAGAGGCUGCUGAAGAAGAACAAUGGGAGCAUCAAGCGCGUGGUCAUGGAUCUCAUCGCUGGGGAGAAGGCGUAAUCCAAGGAGCUUCUUAUGAACUUAUUAUCUACUUAUAUGUCUAUCUAUAUAUAAUUAAUGGUGGUACUACCAUGCUAGAAACAUGUUAUGAAUAAUUUGUCCAGGGCUACUAAAUAUGGGAUGUCAAUAGGGUUAACAAAUGUGUGAAGGUGGUGGAUUUUAGCACCGUAAGUAAAUUGAUUGGUUUUUGUGUGUAAGUAAUUACUUGUUUUUCCUGCAA